CCAAUGGACCAGUAACGUCUCGCGGCGCUGUAUCUGGCUGUAUUGGCACAGCUUUAUCCAGAAUAUACCGCUGCAUUUUCUGUUCCAUUUACUUUAAAUUCGGCUCAUUUUUUUCAUCUUUUUUUUUUUUAUUUUUCGUUAUAAAUACUCCCCCACACAAACCAACCAUGCCUAAAAGGAGCAAAGCAGCAGCAGGAGGAGACUCAGCGCCCAAGAGGAGAUCUCUUAGGUUGAAAGAUAAACCUGCACCUGCAAAAGCAGAGGCCAAACCCAAGCCAAAGAAGGGACCCGUUAAGGCUAAGAAAGCCAAGGAGGUGGAGAAGGCCAAGCCUGAGGAAAAAGCACCAGAGGCCCCAGCUGAGAACGGUGAAGCCAAAGCUGAGGAAGAGGCUCCCGCUACGAACGCAGCCGAUCAGAAAGAUGAGGCAGCUGAAUAACAUCACUCCAGCUCUGUCUUUUAUCAGUGCUCCCUGUACCUCUUUUCUUGUACAAUUCAGGGGAAUAUUUUUAUCGACUAUUUUCUAAAUACAGGUUUUUUAGUAGUUUGAUUGUAGAGAACACUUUUUUUUAAAACGAAACACCAAUUUGGACACAGGGAAACUCAUCAUACCCCACACUUUUACAUCCACGAGAUUAUGCGGACAUCGUUACUGUCGGUGGGUUUUAUUUCAGGUCUAAAUGUGAAGGAGGGGGGGUACGGGUGGGCAGACACGUCAAACACGGAAGCUUGACGGGCGGGGGCAACAACUGGAAGAGCUUACCUGCGUGGAGUACAUUCCAUAAGCUUUAUAAGGGACAGUCUGUAGUGCGUGGGGGGGUGGAUGUCAUCGUACAACUCAUUGUUUUCUUGUUUAUAUUGAAGAACAGUGUUUUAGAAUGUUUGUAAGUUUUUUCUUUUCCUAUUUGGUCAUUCAUGCAGUUUUCUUAACCAUCGUACUCAAUAAAUCCUAAAAUUCCUAGUUCUGCGGCACCCCCAUUUGAAACUGUGCAUGUGUUGGUUGUGUCUGUCGUGUGAUAGCAUCGCAAUAAAUUUGUAAAGCUGCUGUGCUGAAA